AUGGGCGAUUGCAACCAAAACGAGACUGACGAGGCACCCUUUUCCCAACGACCCAUUGUCAUUCUAGGUGCAGGGAUCAUUGGCUGUGCGGCUGCCCGACAAUUACUGUUGAAAGGGUUCCCGGUGGUGUUGGUGGCCGAAUAUCUGCCGGGAGAUCAGAGUAUCUACUACGCAUCGGCGUGGGCAGGGGCAGCAUGGCAUGCUGCCGGCGGUAUUACCCCUGAUCAACGCUAUCUCCAAGUUGUCACACAUCGGAUACUACUGAAGAUGGCACAAGAUGGCCCCGAGGCUGGAGUCAGCAUUGUCAAUGCAAGAGAGUAUCUCGAGCAGCAACCGACCCCUGACUCGGCGAUCUGGGGCAAGACAGUAGUCUCCAAGUUUCAUGAGAUGAAGCCUGGUGAAUACCCUCCAGAAUUUCACAGUGCUUGGGCCUACGAAACGCUUGUGACAGAUCCCACGAGGCAUAUGCCUUAUCUUAAGCAGCAAAUUGAGCAUCUUGGUGGUCAAUUUAUCCGCCAACGUGUAGACUCUCUUCAGGAGUUGUACGGGAUGUUUCCCGAGUCACGCGUCUUCAUCAAUGCCAGCGGCUGGGGCAGUAAAGCCCUGACGGAUGUGCAAGAUGAGAGUUGUUUCCCGGAACGAGGGCAGAACGUAUUUCUGACCACGGAUCGCUGCGACACCAUGUACUUCCGAAAUGGCAAGGAAUAUACCUAUAUCAUUCCUCGACCUUUAUCAAAAGGGAUCGUCCUGGGUGGGGUGAAGCAACAAGGCAACCUAUCACCUGAAGUGGAUAUGGAAAUAGCACGGGAUGAAAUUGCACGCGCGCAUCGGUUAGCUCCCGAGAUUGUUCCUGAACACCCGGCGCCAGACACAGUGAGCCACAUCAUUGGUAUUCGGCCCUCACGAAAGGGUGGAUUCCGUCUCGAUUCUGAGCGCAAGGGCAGCCGGGUGAUACUGUCGGCCUAUGGAUUUGGUGGGGGCGGAUACGCCUUCUCGUAUGGAAUUGCAGAUGCGUUGGUGAAGAUGGUGGAGACAGCGGAGCGAGAGAACGUUGUGUAG